GCCGUGCAUACUCGUCGAUCAGGCUCCCCGGCAAGCUGAGCUCCAGCCAUAAAUUUCGUUGAGUCGUUCCGGUUCGUCGGUACGUACGUACGUACGUACACUAGCCUGAACUCUGAAUCGGGAAGCGGCGGCGGCGGCUGAUCCAUGGAUUCCAGCGGCCGUGCGUACGAGGACUUCGUGCCUCCGCACAGCAUGGUCCGUGAGCCGGCCACGCACACCCUCUCCGUCGACCUCUCCGCCGCAGGGUACAAGAAGGAGCACAUCAAGGUGCAGCUGGUCCACAGCCACCGGCGGCUCAUCGUGCUUGGCGAGCGCCCCGUCGCCGGAAACCGCUGGAGCCGCUUCCGCCUCGAGUUCCGAAUCCCCGACGGCUGCGACACCAAGGGCAUCCACGCGAGGUUCGAGAACGGCGUCGUCCGCGUCACCAUGCCGGGCCUGGCGCCGGAACUGGUCGCAACCGACGCUGGCGCCGAGCAGGAGCCGUCGGCGCCGGCGAAGCCGACGGCCGCCGCCGCCGCCGCCGCCGCCGCUGCAGUUCAAGACCGGAAAGUCGGCGGCGCUGCGCGGCAAGACGGCGGUCGUGCUGCUCCACAAGGGGGAGGAGAGGAGAAGCAGAAAGACGAGACGGUGCAGAAGCAAGAAGCGGAGCAGCGUGUGAUCCCGUCCAAAGACGGCGGCCGUGACGAUGCAAGUGAGGUAGGGGAGGUGAUGGCCGCUUCUCCGUCGCGCCAAGGAUACGGCUUCCUCCAUGACCGGAGAAAGCUGACGACCGCCGUGCUCGGUGUGGUGCUCGUCUUGAUCAGCCUCGGCAUCUACGCCAAGUACAGCCUGUGGCCAUGAACUGAGGAAGUGCGUGCAUGUAUGGUAUUGCCUACUCCUCGCCAACAGGCUAGUGAUGACUGUAAAGCCUGACGAAUGUUGCGUAUGUAUGAAGACUCUGCCGUUCACAUGCAUCGGCUGGUUGAUCUCUAUCGUAAAAACACGAGUUUCCGGCGGCAUCUGUUCCUCUCAUCUCCUCAUAUGUAAUAAAAUCCUUUAAAUUCAAAUAAUUACUCAUUUUUAUUAUCUAA